UCGGAGAAGAGUGAGGAUGCGUCGCUGGCUUUGCAAAGCUGGCUCAUCGUCAUCGCUGCCUUGCUGCGUCCUGUGGCCAUCCUUCGCAGAUAAGGAAGGGUGCCUAUCAGCAGCAGGACUAGAUUGGUUUGGUUUGGUUUUCCCGUGGAUUGUUUGUUGGAAGCCACAGCGGCAUUGAAGUUGGGUGCUGCUCGAGAUUGCGAGAAGAAUGGUGCUGUGUGUGGAGAGAGCCUCCGCCGCAACUGGACUCUGCUCCGUCGCCACCACCGUGCUCCCAUGUCAUCCUCACAGACUCCCCUUGAAUGCCAAAUCCUGUGUAUCUCGUAGGGUGCAGCAGCUCUUUCCAGGCGCCAAUUCCUCCGCAGGCAGUGUAUGCACGGUCGCCAGGGUGGGAGGUCAGGACGCAUGGCUACCGGAGCAACAAUCGUAUGUCAUUCAUGGCAGUUGCACCCAGCCAGUCUGAAGCUGCCGGGGUGACAGAAUCAGGCAAAUUCUCCCAAACCGACGAGGACCUUGAGUCUGCAGGAUUUACUUGCCAUUCAACGAUUGAAGAUCUUGAUCUGGAUCAACUCAAUGCUUUAUUUUCCAAGGUUUCGUUUCCGCAGCGAGACAAGGGUAAACUCUUGAGAGCAUUGGAGAACACACAGUCUCUUGUAUGGAUACAGGAAAUCAAGACAAGUAGGCUCAUUGGCUUUGCUCGCGCUACAGGGGAUAGGGUUUUUCAUGCCAUUAUAUGGGAUGUGGUAGUAGAUCCAGCUUACCAGGGGCUGGGCUUGGGUAAGGUACUCAUGGAGCGACUGAUGGCUGAUUUAAUGAAGAUGGGCAUUAGCAAUAUAGCUUUGUACGCAGAACCUACAGUAAUUGGUUUCUAUCAACCGAUGGGAUUUAUAGCUGACCCGGACGGUAUUCGAGCCAUGGCAUAUUCAAGGCGAAGAUAGCACACAGACGAUUAGCGUUCACUUCGUUGGAUUUGGUUCAAUCUAAUCCAUGCUAGAUCAUGUAAAGAAAACGCUUAGCUGUUGCUUUUUGUAUAUCCCCUAGGCGUGGCUCAUGCGUUAGGAGAGAGCUAUUCAUUUAUGGCUGCAGGACGAUAAUUGAGUAGACACUGGACAUUUGCACACAAUGUGAGCAUUUGCCACUUUUCUUAACAUUCCAUAACUGACAAAUUACAAAACUUUUUA